UGAGAUCGGCCAUGUUGUGUUAGCAGCUAUCUUCUAGAAGCAGAAGAACAGCGCCAAGAAGAAAAGGAGUUAUAGAGAGUCGAGGAGACUGUUUGUGCGGGGGGGGAUUUGUACACUCAAGGAGAAGUUUUUGAUAUAAGUAACGUUGUGUUUGCCACUGAAAGAAAGCCAAAGCGCUGUGAUACACAAUGAGCGGCGGGACGCCUUACAUCGGCAGCAAAAUUAGCCUCAUAUCGAAGGCCGAAAUUCGAUAUGAGGGAAUUUUAUACACGAUCGACACCGAAAACUCGACUGUUGCUCUUGCGAAAGUCAAAUCCUUUGGCACCGAGGAUCGUCCUACGGACAGGCCAGUCGCCCCCCGAGAUGAUGUCUUUGAAUACAUCAUUUUUAGAGGAAGUGACAUCAAAGACUUGACUGUUUGUGAGCCACCAAAGCCGAACUGCCCCUUACCCCAAGACCCAGCCAUAGUGCAGGUAAAGGUGCAAUGUUCAUCCCUGGGGUCCAGUUCGACUCCGUCCUUCCAGUCCAUGGGCUCCUAUGCACCCUUCAGCCGGGCCCCUGUGCGUGCCUACAGCCAGUUCUGCUCCACUCCCCUGGUGCCCCAGCCUGUCGGGGCCAAUGCAGGUGCUGGAAGUUCAGGGUCCGCAUUCAGUAACGACGCGAGCAUAGCCGCCCCUCUGUCCCAGAGCACUGUCCCCUCGGACUCCGUGUCUCUGAGCACACGUGUGCCUGAAGCUCCCAGCAGCUCCGCUCUGGACGCUGUGCGGAAAAGCCCAACUGCCGAGCACCCUGUGCAGCCUGCGCCUCUAGCACCCCCCACUGGAGCAGCUGUCUCUGUGGCUCAGAGGAGUCCUGGAGCAGCAGCAGCCGCAGGAGGAGGAAGGCCCCCCCUCAGCUCCCAGAAACAACCUGCUGUGAGCCAGGAGCAGACCAGGGUGGCUGAUGCUGAGAGAGCCUCUCGUCCAGAAUUGGAUGCGGCAAAGGCUGAGAACCGUGACUCCAGCAGACGCCAGGGCCCUGGUGCUCCUGCAGUGAGAAGGGGUAGAGGUGGAGGAGGUGGGGCAGGAGCAGGUGGAGCUGGAGGAGGCGGGGCUAGUGGUGGUGGGAGUCAACGUGGGCGUGGUCGGUUUAACGUGCGCAGGGACGGACCAAUGAAGUUCGAGAAGGACUUUGACUUUGAAAGCGCCAAUGCCCAGUUCAACAAGGAGGAGAUUGACCGCGAGUUCCAGAGCAAGCUCAAAAUUAAAGACGAAAAGGCUUUGAACGGGGAAGACAAGGGCGACUCGGGUGUGGAGACCCAGAAUAGUGAGGGCAACGUUGAUGAGGAAGACCCGCUUGGGCCCAACUGCUACUACGACAAGUCCAAGUCCUUCUUUGACAACAUUUCCUGUGACGACUCCAGAAAAGAGAGAGCAGGUGGCGGCAGGGAGCGCCGGCAGACCUGGGCAGAGGAGAGGAGGAUGAAUGCCGAGACCUUCGGCCUCCCGCUACGCCACAGCCGGGGCCGCGGUGGCUUCCGCGGCAGAGGGGGGUGCGGGGGCUUCCGCGGUGGCCGGGGCCGUGGCGGGGCCAGCCGCGGGUCCUUCGGGCCACCACGUGGGGGAGGGUCCGGUUUCCGGGGAGGUUUCCGAGGAGGCCGUGGUGGCAGGGAGUUCUCUGAGUUUGAGUACCGGAAGGACAACAAGGUGACAGCGUAGUGACCAGGAACACAGCUACACUGCCCCCGCCAUAGGCCAGAGUGCUACUUCCCCCUCCUGCCUCAGAGAGAGAGAGAGAGAGAGAGAGAGAGAGAGAGAGUGAGUGUGUGUGUGUGUGUGUGUGUGUGUGUGUGUGUGCGCGCGCUGACCCCAGCACCACUCUUCCCUCCCCUUUUUUGCGUUUUCUCCCCUUCUUUUCCAUUAGAAAAACAAACCCGAUUGGGAAGUUCAACCUUUUGAUCUUACUUUGAUACGCCCACCACAGAGACGAGGACUUUGUAACUUCAGUGGAAUUAUUCAGUAUUUUUGCAUCAGCAUUUUAGGUUCUUUCUUACAGAAAAGGACAAAAAAGAAAUUAAACAAGUGUAUUUGAUAAUAUUCCUGUUAGAUGUACAAGUGUAUGCAGACACCCGCUGAUACUGUGAACCACCAGUCAAAUAGCUUUAUUUUUCCUCUGAUGUCUUAUAGAAGCACCAAACCCCUGUACAUAUCUUAUAGGGUGCAAGUGAAGGCCCCUAGUGCCUGAGUGGUGUACCAGACAGCCACUGACCUGUGGGGUGGUGGUCUGCCAUGUGCGGGAUGGGCAUGUGGGUGCACCUCUCGCGUGUGGAAGGUAGAUGUAGGCGCUAAUACAGUAUGCUGAUGGUUUUUUUUUGUUGUUGUUGUUCUUUUCCCUCCCUAUGUUUGUUUGUUUUUUUUUCCCUUACAUUUUUUUGUAGUGACAAUUUUUUUUUUCAUUUAGUUUUUUGUUUAGUUUUUUUCUUUUUUUUUCUUCAAUAUAAAGAGUUUGUAAUCUUCCCCUUCCUUUCUUGCUAGGUAAAGUGUCUGGACCAGUACUCUCGUUAGGUCUUCUGAGGUCAGACAGCUCGUACUUAUCCAACCUAGCUAAUCUCGCAAAGCUGAACUUGGUUCGUAAUGUAUCGAUAAGGCCGAUACAGUUACCCAUUUAUCUUAGCACACAGGACAAGGACAGGGCGCUUCAAUGUUCUUAAGACUGAAUACUUUUCUUGUCCUAUAAAGAAUUGGACUCUGAUGCCUUUUUAGUGCCAUUCUAGACAGGAGCCUAUUGCAAUACCUUGCUUGGACAGACUGCUAAUUUCUGUUUCUCCUCCCAGAAACUAUGAUGGGCUGAGCACAUUUACGUAAAACAAAACAGACACACACACACACACAUGUAUGUGCAUAUAUAAAUAUAUACACACGUAUAUGUAUGUGCAUAUAU